AUGACGACCCAGGUCAACUUUGUCACGGGCAACGCCAACAAGCUUCGGGAGGUCAAGGCGAUUCUGGAGCCAGCCAUCGAAGUUCGCAGCAGUCCACUUGAUCUCGAGGAGAUUCAAGGCUCCAUCGAAGAGGUGACCGAGUCUAAAUGCCGUAGGGCCGCUGAGGCCGUCAACGGCCCCGUACUAGUCGAGGACACUGCGCUAUGCUUCACGGCCCUGGGCGGACUACCCGGCCCUUACAUUAAAUGGUUCCUGUCGGAAACGGGCCAUCAAGGGCUGAACAAUCUGCUCGCAGCCUACCCGGACAAGUCGGCAGAGGCUGUCUGCACGUUUGGCUACGCCGCCGGUCCCGGACACAAGCCCGUCCUUUUCCAGGGGCGCUGCCCGGGUAAGAUCGUGCCACCCCGAGGGCCGACUCAUUUCGGCUGGGAUCCUGUCUUCGAGUACGAGGGUCAAACGUAUGCCGAAAUGGACGGGGCAAGAAAGAAUGCCAUCUCGCACCGAGGCCGUGCUUUGAAGAAAUUGCAGGAGUGGUUUGAGAAGCACCCCGAUGGCGAGUAA